AUGUCAUCACAUGGAUAUGAUGAUGGUGAAUAUCUCACAUGUCCAUUCAAUUCAGCACAUAAGGUGAUUUCUAAUCAUUUUAAACAUCAUAUUCUUCGAUGUUCUCAACAUCAUCCCGAAAUGAAAACAAUCAAAUGUCUUUUCAACGGUGCACAUAAAAUUACACCUCUGCAUUACCAUGAUCAUCUCUGUGAAUGUCCAGAUAGUCCCUCGUGUUGA